AUCCACAGCAUCAUCACAGAAAGGGGGAAUUGAAAUAGCCAAGAUGCCUGAGAAAGCACCAGAGAGGAAAUCUAAAAUAUCAGCCUCUCGCAAGCUCAUGCUGAAGAGCCUGAUGGUAGCCAAGGCUAAGGAGGAGCUGGAGCAGGAGAUGGUAGAAAAAGAGGACCAAAAGACACAGUACCUGGACGAAAAAGCCCCUCCAAUACAGACCAGUGGCAUGUCCUUAGCAGAGCUGAGGACAUUGUGUGAGGAGUUGCACAGCAAAAUAGAUGUGGUGGACGAGGAGCGGUAUGAUAUUGAAGCCAAAGUCUUGCACAACACCAGAGAGAUCAAAGACCUAAACAUCAAGGUGCUGGACCUGCGAGGGAAGUUUAAGAGACCCAACCUAAGAAGAGUGAGGGUUUCUGCUGACGCCAUCCUGCGCUCACUCCUGGGCUCAAAACACAAGGUCUCUUUGGAUCUGCGAGCUAACCUCAAAUCAGUCAAGAAGGAGGACACAGAGAAGGAGAAGACUGUGGAGGUGAGCGACUGGAGGAAGAAUGUGGAAGCCAUGUCGGGCAUGGAGGGCCGCAAGAAGAUGUUUGAUGCAGCAAAGGGCCCCAACCAGUAA